AUGUAAUUUAUAUAAAAAUAACAUAUACCUAAAGCUCUCAGUUUUAUUUAAGCUGUUGAAUUCCUUGCUGAAUAUUUUGGUAAAUCAUCAGAAAGUAUAUAUUUAUUGUAAAUGAAGAGCAAAUUUAUAAAUAUUUCUUAACUUUAGAAUUAUUGAAAUUACUAGUGAAAUUAAGAAAAUGGUCCUUAGUAGAUAAUUAUGGUUUGAUGAUUUCAGAAAAUAAUAACCAUUCCUAAAUAGAUAAUGAAGAAGAAGAAGCUGCGAAUCAAUUUUAAGAAAAUAUAGGUCGAUUGGAAUAUAAUCCUAAAAGUGUUAAUGAAAAGAGUAUUAAAGAGGAACUUAAAUCAAUAAAAGACCCAAUACCUAAAUUUAAUUUGGGUUAUUAUGAUGUGGUUUAAGAUAAACAAACCUCUUUAUUAACAAUGCUGCCUAUUCCAAACGAAAAUAGAUAGAAAGAUUAUGAAUCCAAACUUAACUAAUUAAGAGUAUAUUGUAAUAUGCAAUAGAUUAGAUUAAAAUUGGAGAAAUAUUGCAUCUCUUUCGUCCAAUAAUUUAUUGCUAUUUGAUUCAUAAAUAUGGUGGAGAUAACUAUNAAUCACUAGUAGCUCUUUCUAGAAUAAAAGUUAUCAUAUUAUAACACAAGUCUGAACUCUUAAACUUUAUAACUAAAUUAAUAAUAAUUUCCAUAAUGUUUGAUUAUUUUAAAUAAAUUAAUGUUAGAUAAUGA